AUGUGUAAAACCCGUAAACCUCAGUAUCGCCAAGGCUUUCGCAUUCAAAGUCCACCACGGCCAAAGAACAACAACAAUAAGCAGGAGGAGAGUUUUGAUGAGCUUUUCAAGAAUUCGAAACCAUUCCGACCUGCCCACAUUCCGCCUGGAUUUGCGGGUACAGGCGUUGGGAAGGUGACUGAUACGCUAUAUGAGAUUUACAAUCUGGCUGUCCCGGGCGGACGGUUCUGUAAGUGUUUUCUUGAGUUUAAUGAGGAUAGAGAAGAUUUUUGUUGUUGGGAAAAUUGAAUUGAAAGUAAGGUUUUGGUUGUAAAAAUUGUUUGAAGUCUUUCUGGGUUGAUAAGGUCAAGUUGAAGAUGUUUUUGGUAGAUGUAAAUGUUGUUUUUGCUCUCAAAGGUCGGGUUGAAGUUUCUUUUGGUUUAAAAGGUCUUGUUCAAGAUGUGUUUUUGUCGAAAAGCGGUUUUAGUUGUUAUUAAGGGGAUGUAGAAGAGUUUUUUCUUCAAUAAUAUGCUCUUUGAUUGUUUGAUUUGUUUCCAAGUGUUAUAUUUUAUUGGUUAAAUGCAAGAAAGUGUUUAUAUUGUUGUAGAAAAAACGAAAAAGAUGUGUUUUUAAGUUUAUUGCCUAAAAAAUCUUCUAAAGUUUAUAUGAUGAUAGAGAAAACAAUUAUUUUAACGGUCUUGACUAAAUUUAUAAAAAAUGUAAUUUCUAACCAGAGGCUGGCUUAAAAUUGAUCAAUUUCUCAAAAUCGGCCAAUAUCUAAUGUGUAAAUUACCGCAUAACAAUUCGCGUUGUGUUUUUCUUCUUGUUAUACUAUUUUACAGCAGAUGUUGGAGUCACGGAUUGCGAAGGCGAGCGAUAUGUCGUCAAGAUGACCGAUCAUGAAGUGUCGCACAAAAGAGAGGUUUGUAUUUGUUAAAUUUAUGUUUUCUGUUGCUUUACAAGGUGUAUAGGAAGAGAUAUUAGGUUGUUCAAAUAUUUUGAAGAUUUUUCUUUCAAAGCCAAUUUUUAGGGUUCGAGGGCACAGAAUUAUUUGAACAAUUUAAUAUAUCCGUAGGCAGGGGCGUCGCUACGACUUUUUCUGGGGGGAGGGGGGUGGAGACCCAAAAAAUUUUUUUGGUCUACAGGUAGCUAGCCCCUGUGGACCGAAAAAAAUUUUUCCGAUUUUUCGCGUGCGGGUACCACCUACCUGUGGAAUUUUUUUCGGAUCGGCUCUGGGGGGGUGGAUCCAAAUCACUUUUUUGUCAAUGAAGUUGAUUUUUACAGUUUUCUAGUCUUUAAACCAAACUAGGUAUGCCUAUUUUUAGUGAGUUUACAUUGGUAAUAUCAAACCAGUGACCGAUAUUGUUUUAGGUUGCUAUUCUUCGAGCUCUCUACCAAGGCUACUUGAAAGGUCUGCCAAAGGCCGGACCUUUCGUCUACGACUACGGUUUGAUGGACGAGAGUAACACUGGUUUCAUUGUGAGCGAGUUGUUGUGGUUUGAUUUGAACUAUAUUCAAUUGUUUGGUUACAACUACACUCCACAGACUAGACUCAAGCUUGAUAUUAUGGUAGGUGAUACUACCUAAACUUUUGGUAUUACUCUGCCAUAUGGAUGUGUGAAAAGAAUAAGUCUCGCUGUUUCAGAAAGUCCGAGCUCUUCAACGUCUUCAUGCGUACAACAUUUCGGUUUGCGACAUGAAAGACUCAAACUUCUGCUUCACCCGUCCUGAUUCCAACGAACCGUGGAAGCUUCACUUUGUCGACUUUGGACAAGCCAACUUUUUCCGAGAAGAGGACCUGAUUGAGCUGGACGAUUUGGCUAGAACCCGCAGAUUUCACUUCAGUCGCUUGUUCAAGAACUCCAACAUGAACCGUGCUCAUGGCUUCAGUCACACUGUAAGGGUUAUUAUAUGUUUAAGUGAGGUUUGGUACUUAAAAUGGGGUUUUGAUACUGAAAUUUAGACCUUGGUACUGAAAGUGGAGAUUUCAUAUUGAAAGUGGGGCCUUGGUACUGAAGAUUGGGCUUUUAUACUGAAGUUUUGGCGUUGCUACUGAAAAUGGGGCUCUAAUACUAAAAUGUGGGCUUUGGUGCUGAAAGUGGGGAUUUGGUACUGAUUAUGAGGCUUUGGCACUUAAAGUUACUCUUUGAUACUGAAAGUCUGGUUUUGGUACUGAAGGUUGGGCUUUAGUACUGAAAAUAGGGAUUUGGUACUGAAGGUUUGGGUUUUCAUACUAAAAUUUAGGGUUUGAUACCGAAGAUUAAAAUUUUAAAUUUCAGCGUCGUGUCCCCUACGACAACAUGGAGAGCCUCCUGUACGCCAUUGGUACUCUUCCGGGUGGCAAAAUCCCAGAGACCAAGUUGAGGUGUUUCACUCCCGAGACCUACGAAAAGACCAAGAUCUUCUUUGGUCAUCAAUACCAUGGCAUUUACGAAAUCUUAUGUAAAACUCGGCGGUCAGACCCGUUUCCCUACGACGUGGUAGUGGCUUCGCUCUACGCUCAACUCAAGAUGCAAGUCGAACGAGACCUCAAGUUCAACAUAAGACCGGAGACCGAAUGCAUGAUUAUCAAAGAUGGCAAACGUGAACUCUUCGUCGAUGUGGUGCCAAAGGAGCAACCUAUUUCGACCUUCUGA